UUACACUUUGCACAAUGCAGUUAAGCAAGUACUGUUCUCUUGGCAACCACCACGUCUCCACUGCUCCAGUAACAGUGUGCUUUACACCACUGCAGCAGACCGUUUACAUUGCACUUGGUGAUGUGGCCUACCACUCCUGGCUGAGUUGCUGUUGUUCCUAGUUGAUUGCACUUUGUUAUAAUACCACUAACAGUUGACAGGUGAAUAUUUAGUAUCAAGGAAAAUACAUGGAUGGACUUAUUGCACAGGUGGCACAUGGUACCACGCUUGAAUUCAAUGAGCUCCUGAGAGCAUCCCAUUCUUUCACAAAUGUUUGUAGAAGCAGUCUGCAUGCCUAG